UUAUUCCAUCCUUUCUAUUUUCUUGAAUAACGAGCUUACAGACAUUUACUUACAUGUAGUUAUCAUAUAGCACGUGUAUCAGUUGAAAUGGAAUUGUUUCAGCUUACUAAUAGUCUGAAGUAUUAAGAACUCAGACAAAGUUCUUUGCCGCACAUAUUUUCUUAUAGAAUAACUACAUAUAUAUCUUCCUAAGUUUAGGGUUGCAGGAUCUGGCCGAAUAAUGUUUCUUAAAAAGGGAAAGUGGAAGCAAAGCAUGAUUUUCAAGGCGUGGGAGCGUUGUCGAUUUUCCAGGCCACACUUGAAGCUAAAAUCACUGUCAGAUAACGAUGAUGAGAAGGGUCAAAUAGCGCCACAUGGUUGUUUUUCGGUGCAUGUUGGACCAGAGAGACAAAGGUUCGUGGUGAAGACGAAAUACGUUAACCACCCACUGUUUCAGAUGCUGCUGGAAGAGGCAGAAGAGGAAUAUGGGUUCGAAAGUGAUGGCCCUAUUUGUCUUCCUUGCAACGUGGAUUUGUUCUACAAAGUGUUGGCGGAGAUGGAUGGUGAAGAAGAAGAGAAUAACAAUAAUAAUAAUAAUAAUAUUAUCGUUGUAACUAAGGUUUUUCCCUUCUUCGUUCUUCCGAGCCCAGCACGUCUUCUUUGUUACAUGAACAAGGAUCAUGCUGCGUACAGCGUUGUGGAUUCGGAAUUGCUGAGGAUAAACCGGUGUUAAUAGUGUCUUGUAAUUAAGUUCGUUGAUGUAGAAUAAUAUUUCUGGCAGUGGCUUGUAAAUCGAAUGCGAAUCAUGAAAUGUUCGCGAGCAUGCAUCUAAGAUUUAAUAAAAAUGUUGGCCUUAUCUAGUUUGUUGCGAUGAGAGUUUUGGUUGUUGAAUUGGAAAUCAAUGAAGAAAAUACG